AAACAAUAUAACCUUUUUUGACAUUGAUAAUUUUGGAUAAAAAAUUAUUCAAGAAUGUCUGCAAUAUAUCAUAAUACAAUGGCUGCAUUGGACAAAAUAGUUCCGCCAAAAUUACAACCUCUAUGGACCCAUCCUGCUGGACCUAAAACUGUAUUUUUUUGGGCCCCGUUGUUCAAAUGGGGUUUAGUUAUAGCUGGUAUAGCGGAUUUACAAAGACCAGCAGAUUCCAUUAGCCCUUCACAGAGUGGGGCUUUGCUUGCCACUGGUCUUAUAUGGUCGAGAUAUUCAUUAGUUAUAAUACCAAAAAAUUAUUCUUUGUUCAGUGUUAAUAUGUUUGUGGCUCUAACUCAAAGUUACCAAAUGUACAGGGCGUUAAGCUACCAAAACCAAAUGAAAAAUAAAGCUUCCUCAGAAAAAUGAAGGAAUAGAGAUCAUAUAGAUAAAAUUUUUAUUGUAAAUAUCUUAAUUCUAAUAGAAAAUUCAAUUAAAAUGUAAUUAAAUGCUCAAUAAAGGAAAUAGUUAUGUU